GAAAUUGAAAUUGAAAUCUUCAAAUCCCCAAAAUCCUUCUCUCGUUUUUCAUUUUCCCACUUCACCAGUACUCUCCCCGUCCCCUUCCCCGCCAACUCCAUAUACAUGGUUUUCAAACUAUCCUCUUUAUUCCUUAACCCUAAAAUUCACGUCUAGAGCCCUCAUUUCUUCAGCCAACGUCCACCAAGAACAGAGACGCCAAUAGCUAUGGCAAUUCCGACAGCGGAGAAAGUGUAAGGUGAGCUCUGUAUCAUAGCUCUGGACCACGAGCUUGAUGCUCCCACAACCGCCAUUGUUGAAGCUGCUGACAUUGUGAAAUCUGAUUUUGCUUUGGUUUCUAAUAAUUUUCUCCUUUGUCGAUCUUGAGAUUUCUUCAGUUUGGGGGAGAGAGAGAGAAGGGGAUUGAAGAGAGGACUUAGUACCAUCAGCUUUUGCGCUACUGAGUUUUGUUCUAUCUAUAUGCUCCUGGAGCAAGCCUUCCACUCUCCUUUGCAAACUUAGUGGGAUUACUACCGUCAAACCGAAACAGUUGCGAAACAAGGGAAAUUGAAAUUGAAAUCUUCAAAUCCCCAAAAUCCUUCUCUCGUUUUACUUCAAAUCCCCCAAAAUCCUUCUCUCGUUUUUCAUUUUCUCACUUCACCAGUACUCUCCCCGUCCCCUCCCCCGCCAACCCCAUACCCACACCGGAAAUAUCCGCUCAACCUCCAUCGGUGCCGUCGAUUCACCCUGAACACUAUCGAGGGCAGUAGAUGAUUCGAACAUUCAGGUUCCUAGGUUUUUGAACAAUUUGAUGUGUGAUAUCUGAAGAAGGUUGUAUUUGCUAGUUGAAGUUAGAAGAAGAUGGCGAAGGUUGCUGCUGCGGGUAUGGUACAUCAAUCAAAUGCACUUAAUUUUGGUGGCGGUGGUGGUUCUAAGGUUACUACUACCACUGCAUUGAAACGGAAAACUCCAUCGGAGUUGCGAGGAGAACAAUUGAAGAAAAAGAAUACUGUGGAACUUGUGGAUGAAUCAACAGUUUCAAAUGGUGGCCCAAUGAGUGGUCUUUUCCCAGUGCCCAAGAGAUGUGAUGUACUGAAGAACCCAAGAUAUGUUGAUACUCGUGUGGACGAGCUAUUUCCGUCCAGAAAAAGUAGCAUCAGGCUUAAGUUGGUUUCGAGAAAAGAAAAUGGCAAGGAAAAUUUUCAAGCAGAGAAUAAUGGUAGUACGAAAAAUUGUUCUGUUCCUUCAGCUUUCCCUGCUGAGAAUCAACAGCGAUCAAAAUGCCCAAAAUUCUCUCUUGCUUCAACUGUAGCUGGGAAAGAUGAUGCAACCGACACUUGUAGCACAAGCGAAAGGUGCAGUGAGAAUACUUUCCGCAGUGUCACUGAGCUGUCACUGGGUAGUGUAGAUGUACAUGGCUUGUCUACUGUUGAUAUGGAUAAAGCCUUAAGAGGACUGGCUACUCAUGAGCAUCUAGGUGAUGCUGCUAAAAUUGCUGAAUCCUCUGAAACUGAUGGUGGUAUUAGGUCAAAAAAAUUCUGCUCAGAACUCAAUGUUCCAUGCAAGAUGACCCCAUUGGAUUUGACGAUGAAAACUAACAUACGAGUUGUAUCCUCAUCUUCCAUCAAUUGGUUUCACAGGUUGAUCAAUUGUGGCACCAACAAUGUGGUGGCGAGGUCCUCAGUUAAAUGUUUCAUGAGACAAAAGAUGACCUGUUUAUCUGAAGUGACUUCUGUAUCCCAAUCGAUUAAUCCAAUGUCAUUGCAUUCCUGGAUGUAUCCUCAGUCUCCUCUACCGCCUUCAGUUAUAUCAGCUUUAACCUUGUCUGCCUCAGCUGGAGGGCAACUGGACUUUUUAAGUGAAAGGCAGCUAGCAUGGCAGGAUUCAUUUCGAAGUUUAUAUUACAUGCUUCGGAAGAAUGUUUGCAGCAUCUUCUAUGUUUGCACUGCUCAGUUUGUGAUCAUGUUCACCAGUUCUUAUUCAGAGGAGGACAAAUGUGUUUGUAACGCAUAUAUAUCUCAGUCAACCCGGGGUUUGAGGUCAUUACUGAAAGAACAUGAUGUUUCUUAUUCUAUGCCGCUUUGCCACUCGAAGUUGGAGGAGCUUAGUACGGAAGAACUGGUUGAGCUUUCAGAGAUUGAGAAACAAAAUAUGGGCCAGACUAGGCGUCGGAGUGCAAUGUCUGAUGUGGAUAAUAGGCCAGAUUCCCUGCUGGAAUUUACUGGGAAUAAGAAUGUUCAUUCUUUAUAUGACUUUCUGUUGAACUAUCGAUAUUUCUUAACUUCUCUAACCGGUGUGGAUGUCCCUGUGUUGUAUUCACCUAUACCAUUUGAGAAUGCUGCACUCACUGCACCUGAGGUCAGAUGCAAGGAGGUCAGGAGAAUUGAUCAGGCAGCUUCUCAAGGAAUGGAGUCAAAUGUGGCUUGUGAGCCUAAUCAACAACCAUCUUCUGGGAUGCGCUAUAGUGUUGAAAUUAAGGGUCGAUACCUUGCCCCAUGGGUAACCUCUGCUAUAUGUGAUGCUUUCAGCUCUAACAGCACAAGUUUUGAGGCUAGUUUCAUCACAGAGCCAGCUUCAGUUAACUUGAAUGCUAGUCUCGGCAUUACUGGGAAAUAUUCUGAUCCUGAAGUUUCAGCAACUGAAGCCUUGGACAACGGUAGCCUUUGUUUUGGUAUCCCAAAUAACAAAUUUUGUUCCCAGAUAAAUUCUGGUUUCUUAAAGGGGUUGAAGUACAAUGGUGGUUCUUACACUGCUUUUCUUUCACCUGUUUGACAUCCUGUGUACAACAUAUUCUGGGUAAAUUAUAAAGUGGCAUCUGUUUUUGCUGCAAUACAUCUUUACCGUUGUAAAAUUGUUCAGUAAUUGUUCGGAUUUUAACUGUCUUUGGUCAAAUUCCUGUUGUAAAAUUGUUCAGUAACCGUUCGAGCAUUAUUGCUGCUUUGAUAGCUAAUACAGUGCAUAAUUUGUAAAGUGUUGAUGAUCAAAUUCUAUUGAUUCUGGUGAUUGUAUUUUUGCUAAACUGAAAUACGUUGCACUUGAUGGAA